CGAGCCUGACCCUCUCCUUUCUGCAGUUCAAGGGAAAGACGAGAUCUUGCACAAGGCACCCUGCGUCUGUCCUCCACAAGAGAAGGGUGACAUGGAGCCUCUUGGGCUGCUCAUCUUGCUCUUUGUCACAGAGCUGUCCCGAGCCCACAACACCACGGUGUUCCAGGGCACGGCAGGCCGGUCCCUGAGGGUCUCCUGCCCCUACAACUUCUUGAAGCACUGGGGGAGACGCAAAGCCUGGUGCCGCCAGCUGGGUGAAGAGGGCCUGUGCCAGCAGGUGGUCAGCACUCACCCCUCGUGGCUGCUGUCCUUCCUGAAGAGGCGCAAUGGGAGCACGGCCAUCAUGGACGAUGCCCUGGGUGGCACACUCACCAUUACGCUGCGGAAUCUUCAAGCCCACGACGCUGGCCUCUAUCAGUGCCAGAGUCUCCAUGGUAGUGAGGCCGACACCCUCAGGAAGGUCCUGGUGGAGGUGCUGGCUGACCCCCUUGAUUACCAGGACCCUGGAGAUCUCUGGAUCCCUGAGGAGUCCAAGAGCUUUGAGGAUGCCCACGUGGAGCACAGCAUCUCCAGGAAACUUUCUGAAGAGGAGAGCCCCUUCCCACCCAUUUCCAUCCUUUUCCUCCUGGCCUGCAUCUUUCUCAGCAAGCUUCUAGCAGCCAGCGCUCUCUGGGCUGCAGCCUGGCAUGGGCAGAAACGGAGGACACCCCAUGCCAGUGGGCUGGACUGUGGCCAUGACCCAGGUUAUCAGCUCCAAACCUUGACAGAGCUGAUAGACACGUGAGAGGAGGACCCACGGUGGAGGAGAGGCCCGGGAGAGGUCUGCACGGACCACCCCAGCCUGCUGCACACCUGCCCCUUGGCCACCAAGUCUCCUGGUUCUGCUUUCGCAAAAGGCCACUCUGCCUGUACCCUGCUUCUCCUGGCCCCUGGAAGCAGGGAUUUGUGCGUGUGCAUGUGUGUGUGUGUGCGUGUGCGUGUGUGCAUGGGAGGUGGGAAGGACGUCUACCAACU